GCCCGCGAUACGUGUACGUGCGCAACAGGUACCGAAUUGGAUUGGUGACAAAUUACGUUGAUGAGAGGGAAGAGGGAGGUAAAGGGGAGAAGGAAAGACCAAGGAAGAAGGCAAGGAUUAAGUCAAGUGCGGUACAUCACGCGUGCUGCGUUUGAAAUGCCGUUCUGCUUUUGCCAAGGGAAUAGAUGAGAGUGAAGAAUAAGAAAAUAAAAAAUAGCCGCUUAAAUUGGGAUACUCUGUGGAUAAAGCAUAUCAAAGAAAAAGAAUAUUUUUUUAAAUUUAUUAUCUAUAUAAUAUUGCAAAAGAAUAAAAACAGAGAGAUGUCGAAGCGAACACAGGAGCCAGUGGAUCAAUGGCUGGCAAAGGAGGGUUAUUUUAGGAAACCUACUCCCAGAGACCCGACCUGUUUGUUUAGAGCAAUCAGCGAACAAGUGUAUCACACGCAACAUUAUCAUCUAAGAGUAAGAAAAGAAUGUAUAGAAUUUAUGAAGAAGAAGAGACACUUGUUCAUUGAUUCUGUAUCAACGCCAUUUGAUUAUUAUCUGAAUGAAAUGCAAUGUUUUACGGAGUGGGGAGGCUCAAGUGAAAUUCAUGCUAUGUCUUUGUUAUAUAAAAGAGAUAUAAUUAUAUUCGUUGGAGAGAAGCAGAUAUGCGAAAACGUUACCAAUAACGGCUUUAAAAAAGGUGUUAUAUUGCUUUGUCACACAGAGCCGAAACAAUAUGAGCCUGUUUACCCGAUGGCUUUUGUACAAUCAGCUGCAUACUGCCAAUCUAUUGUUUAUGAAGUUGUAUAUAGGUAUAUGUAUCAAAUACCUAACAUAAAAACUGUUGCGGAUAGAAUGCUACAUAACCGAACUCCUGCACUUAGACAUGACAGAUUUUUCCAGAAGGGAAAUCUUGAUAUUAGGGAGCAAUUGAUUGAAGAUUUAUACAAAAAAGUAAAAAAUGAACAUAGUGAUACGGACGAAGCGCAAUCUGACUGGAAAGGAGCACCUAUUCCUUAUAAAGUCGCAAAAGCGCUGGCUCCUGAUUAUUAUCGUAAUAUAGAGUUAGACAUAUGGCACGAAUUGAAACGAGAGGUAAAAUCUGCAGGCUGGAACAGAUACAACAGUAAUGAGCUUCAAGUCGGCGGCAAAUGUCUGAUAGAAAUUAGCAUAAACGAUCUACAACAAUGUGAUAGAAAUAACAACAAGAAUGUACGAGUUAAUUUACCAGAAUGUAGUACUAGCGAGACUAACAAUAAAAUUGAGCAACAAAAAUUGAAGCAAGGGCCUCUUUGGCUUCACGGUUAUAUACAGGAAAUGAAUACAGAGAAAGAGCCAGUUCUGGUUUUUAUUAAAGACUUAGGAGAAAAAAAAUUUGUUCCAUACGAUGCUUUGAAGCCAUUACCUUUAGUAAGAAAAAAUAGGCCAAAAAAUUGGGUACCACUUAAUAGAAACCAUUCAGUUACUAUAGAUUCAAAUCGACGAUGGAAAAAACCAUGUAAUUCUUUCUCACGAAAGAGAAAAGAUACUAUAAUCAUAACAAAUGAAAAGCCAAAUAAAAAUGUAUUAAUAAAUAACAGUGAUGAUAAUGACGUUGAUGCUAAUAUCAAUGUUGCUAAAAGUGACUUUGAUGAACAUCACAGCGAACUUCAUAAAAUAAAUCAAAGCCAAACAUUAAAAAAUCAUUCUGUAGAAGAUAAUUCUAUUUAUACGACAAAUGAAGAGGCUAACAGUUUGACAACUACAUUCGACAAUUCACAGUCUACAGGAUCAAACAGUGUAAUACAAGAAAUAACAGAAGAACAUAAAAAACCUCAUGCAGCAUUUAAAAGAGUGAAUAAUACUGCAAGGAAGAUUGAAAAAUCUCUUAAUCUUCAAAAAUCAAGUUUGAAACCAAAAAUAUUAAAUGAGAAUUAUUCUUCAUCUUACAAUGAUAAUUCGCAAACAAAUAUAUAUGGCAACCCAAAUGUAUCUUACGUUCCUCCAGAUAACGGCAAUGCAUAUCCCUAUUAUCCAUACAUACCAGGAAAUUUUUCGAUAACUGGAGAACACAAUCCUCAAAUAGAUCAUUCAUUGACAUCGAAUGUCUUUUACAAUUUACAUCUGCUGCACUUGGAGGACACUUUCCGUACUUUAAAUCCAACUUAUUACGGACCGAUAAUAUAUGGACCGAAUCAUCAAGGCAUGCAAUCUUUGGGCACACCAUCAAAUGCUAUAAACAAUGGUCCAUACAUGCAAUAUAUGCGGGAGGAAGUAGAUCGCCUUGUUAACGACAUGCAAAAUAGUUCGUUAAAUGAGGGAUCAAAUGCCAGUGCUGAGAUUCCCAAUGCUUCACAUGUGAACACGAAUAGUGUGCAAAGUACAAAUCAGUCGAAACAAGGACCAAGAAAUUUAAGCGGAAAAGAUUCCUCACAUCCCAUUCAACAGAAAGGAAAGCAAACUGGAACUGUUAAAGGCAAUAAGAUGCGGAAUCGUCAGCAAAAUGCUCGCGGAUCAUCGCAUACGCAAUACUCGAGUCAUCAAUAUGGCGCGACGAUGUCGAGUGGUUCUGUGAAUCCGUACAAUGCGCGAAGGCACGAUAUGCAUAUGCUGCAACCGCAGCAGCAUCAUUGGGAUCCGAUGUCGCAUCAGAUAGCACCUAGCGUGGUAGCUGGUCCGACAAACGGUUAUGCACCACCGCAGUAUACAACAUCGAACCAAAUAAUUCCUUAUCAUGAACUUCCACCACACUACACGAACGAAAGCAAUUCAGGGAAUCCUUCGUACUAUCUGGGAAAUGGUAGCUACAUACCCAUACCGUACUUACCACCUCAGCACGUCGACGCAACUGAGAACGGAGCUGUACCUCCGUCGUAUCCGCAGCAUUUCUAUUCAACGACUGAGGCUUAUCCGCCAGGUCAUUCAUCAAUAAACGGCCAACCAAUGAUGUACUCGCAGCCAGUGAUGUAUCCACAGUCGGUGCAAUAUCAUGCUGUACCAUCACCAUCGCAACACAUGCAAGAACAGUGGAAUCCGACCUUGGGACCGCAACCUUCUUAUGUUGCUCAAUGCAUUGCUCCAAAUCCAGGUCUAGCUCCGAUCAUAGAACCAUCCCCUAACGGACAAUGUACCGUUCCAAAAGGUUCACAUUAGAUAUCAUAUAUUCUGAAAAUUGAUAAUUAAGAUUGAAUCUCUAUUGCAGUUAACUGUAUUAAAAAGUCUUUAUAUAACAUAAUAGUAUUAUAUAAAAUAAUAUUAGUUAUAACAUAUCGACGUUCCCCCCGUGAAUAAAAUAAGAUUAUGAAGACUGAUGGUAAUUAUAAGAUACGAAGAAUAUCAUAAUAAAAAUUAAAAAUAAUGAAUCAUAAUUAAGAUUAACUACAUAGAAAAUUUAGACACAAAACAGCUAUAUGGAGCAGAAUGUAUUAACUAUUUGCAAUUCUCGUUAAAAAUCGACAAGAUUGUUCGCUAUGACUUACCAGAGUUUCCUAUACCGUGUAUAAAGCUCCACAUAUUAUACAAAGUAGAAAAUGUUUAAGAUGUAGUCUUUAUAAGCUGUAUAUAUAAACUAAUUUAACAUGCCACGUAUUAACGUGAGAAAGAUG